UCGCUUUAUUUUGGGCGUAUCCUCACUUAGUUUGUGCUAAGUCAGCACAACAAAAUGGACUCUGGAAGCAUUGUGCUUGUCACUGGUGGCUAUGACCACUCCAUCAAGUUCUGGUUCCCACAUGAUGGCGUAUGCUACAGGACAGCGCAGCAUCCCGAGUCUCAAGUGAACAGGAUCGAGAUUACUCCUGAUAAGAGAUACGUUGCAACAGCAGCUUUUCAGCAGAUACGAAUGUACGAUGUUAAUUCGUCAGAGCCCACUCCCGUGUACGUCUUCGAGGGCAUGUCCAAGAAUGUCACCUGUCUGGGUUUCUAUGAGAACGGUCAUUAUAUGUACUCUGGUGGAGAGGACUGUAUGGCCAGGAUAUGGGAUCUCAGGGGGCGCUCCCAGCAGUGUCAGCGUCUGUUCCAGGUGAAUGCCCCUGUGACGUGUAUGUGUCUCCAUCCCAACCAGGCCACCCUCAUCGUGGGGGACCAGAGUGGGACCAUUCACGUCUGGGACCUCAGCACUGACCACAACGAGCAGCUGAUCCCAAUACCUGAUGUUGCAAUACACAGUCUCCACAUUGACAGUGACGGUGCCUACUUGGCUGCUGUCAACAGCAAGGGCAUCUGUUACGUGUGGAGCCUGUCCAGUGGUACUGGCACCAGCCCCAUCACGCUUACUCCCAGAAUCAAGAAACACGCCCACAAACGUCACGGCCUCAAGUGCUUGUUCAGCCCUGACUCCAGUCUACUAGCAACUACGUCAGCUGAUGGUACAUGUAAGGUGUGGUCGACGGCCGACUUCAACCUCCUUACCACCCUCAAGAAGAACACAGACAAGUGGGUGUGGGACUGCGCCUUCUCAUCUGACUCCCAGUACAUUUUCACUGCGUCCAGUGACCAUGUUGCUAGGCUGUGGCAUGUGGACAAGACGGAGCCCCUGAGGGAGUAUCAGGGACACACUAAAGCACUAACUGCAAUAGCUUAUAAUGAUAGGAGAUAGGAAGAUAGAAUCAAUCUUUAAUUUAUGGUAACAAUUUUUUUGUAUAAUUAAAUGCAUUUCCUUGUUUUAUUGUGUGUUCCAAUGUUUUAAAUUUAUUUAUUAUAAUUUUAUUUUAUAAUUAUUAUUGUAUGUUAAUUGAUUUCUCACCACGACCAUUAAUUAUUAUUAGUGCUCCUUC